GUUUAAUUUUGCAGCAAGCGUAAAUGAUGGCGCCAGCUGUCCUUGUUCACGUCAAAACAUUGUCAGGACUGCUCUUUGCAUAAGUUAAAAAUGGCUUCGUUUGGUUGGAAGCGGAAGGCUGGGGAGAAGGUUUCCAAGGCGACGGUGGAGCAGUUUGAGCGGGAGGCGGAGGAGAAGAAGGAUGAGCUGGAGGUGGAGGGUGUGGACUGGCUGCACGCCAUCAAGCGCAAACGGGAGAUCCUCUUGGAGGACUGCGCCACCAGGAGCAAUCGCCUGAAGGAUGAGGGAACAGCACUGGCUGAACAGGGCAGACACUGGGAGGCCAUUAAGCGCUGGGAGGAGGCCAUUCAGUUGACUCCAGAAGAGGCGUCGCUGUAUGAGAUGAAGGCUCAGGUGCUGUCCAUCCUGCAUGAGGUGUUCCCGGCGGUGCAGGCGGCAGAGAUGGCCGCCAAGCUGCGUCCGCACUGGUGGGAGGCGUGGCAAACCCUCGGCCGCGCCCAACUGAGUCUAGGCGAGGUGGAACUGGCGACCCGCUCUUUCCAGGUGGCCCUGCACCUGUGCCCGUGUGAGCGCCCCCUGUGGGAGGAGGACCUGUCGUGGGCGCGCAAGCUGCGCGAGCAGAAGCGUAGCGCCCGCCGCGUCCUGGACCGGGAGCAGGAGACGCGGCGUCUCCUCGACAACGCCCCGGAGCUGCAGCGCGACUACGACGACUUCGAGAGCGACGAGGUGAUCGCCGCGUGCACCGCCGUCGCCGAGCGCCACCGGGAGUACGAGGAGCUGCGGAGGACGGCGGUGGUGGUGGCGGCGGCCGGGCAGAGCGGCGGCGCCGUGGAAACGGUGCGGGAGGACUCGGACGGACCGCCGUCCGCCUCCCACAGUGACUUUGUGAAAGCGAGAGGGUUGUAGACGACCACAACCCCCCCAAAACUGUCUGGUUUUUUUUCGUGUUUUGUGUUUCUUUCAUUCGUUUGUGUUUCGUUUUGUUUCUUUUCGUUUUUUUGAAAUGUAUUGAUAAUGUACAGAUGAGGUAUGAUUUUUAGUUUCGGCUUAGUUUCGUGCACACAAGCCUGAUAGCUAAGUCAUGUACCUGCUCGUUGAAAUGUCAAGACCGAUUGCGUGUUCCGAGUCUUGCGGUCGGCCUCUUCUUUUGUUUCGCUCGUUUCCUUUUCUUUCUCUGGAGAAAUGCUUCCUCUCUUGUCAGCGUUCCUGAUUUGAUUUCUCUCUGUGUAUAUAAAAAAAACCCAAAGUCAAAGUUCCUCACUGGAAAACCUAUUUGUUUGAAAUCCUCAACAGUGGCAUGUCUUGUCUUUGUCCCCAGACGUGAAAUUUGUCCUUUGGCUCGGUCACACUGGUGUCCUCUUUGAGCUACAUGAGAGCAGAAACGCUAAUGUACCUCUGACGAGGCGUAAUUCUUUUUCCACAAGGAGUGUUUAUGUUGGUCUCCAUGGCAACCAACCGGUCAUCACCCCCCCACCCACCCACCCACCCAUUCUGACUGACGCCGAAUCCCAGAAUUCCCUGAUUUAAGGCAUCAUUCGAGACCCCUCCAAGGACCGGGAAAUGCUGCUAGAUCCAUAAGCAGGGAAUCCAUCAAGCCAUCCUCCACAUCCUCCACAUCCUCCACAUCCUCCAGUCAAAGAGGGGCAACUGAAUCCCACUCGCAACCCAUUUAGAGGCUUCUCUCUCUCUCUCUCCCUCUCCAUCUCCAUCAAUGUCAUAAAAUAUUUUUUCGGCAAGAGCCGACAUUUUCAGGCAAGCUGAGGCCAGUUUUGAUGAGUGUAGCAGGCUAUCGGAUGCAAAAGACAUCCUGUCAUUUCUGAAACCAUUAGCUAAUGCACGGGGGGAUGGACGACCCAGGAACACAGAGACACACACACACAUGCACACACACACACACACACACACGCACACGCACACACACACACAUACACAGAGUCAUUCUUAGCGCUGAGCUGAGCAGAGCGGGACACACACACACACACACACACACACACGGAGCGAGAGAGGGCUCUGAGAGGUUGACCAGAGGAAGUCAUUGAGAAUAUGAGAAAAUUAAGACUUCCUCUCGACACACACUUCUGCUCAUGUGUCCUUAAGGAGAUGUUCUGUCCAAUCCACCAGCAGCACUAGCAGCAGCAGCUUCCGUCCAGGCUCAGCGCCGGUCCAGGAUCAACACCGGUCAAGGCUUCUGCUUCAGGGUGAUGCUCUGAUGAAGUCCGAAUCAUUGAAACGGGACACUGAUCUUAGAUGAGCCUCUGGGUAUCAGCAUGCCCUGUUGCGAUUGUAUUUUUGGGGCAUUCAUUGUGAGCAUUGUGUGUGUGUGUUGCGUAAGGUCUAGACACAAAGCGGUCAUUCUGGUUCCCGAAGUUCAUUGAGAAAACAUGUUUUAAUUAAAUGUAAACAAAAUGGUGGACUCUCCCUGGCCCUUUGUCUACCAGAAACAACUGUUUUCAUCACACUGACAAAGGCCCAAAUGGAAGAAAUCUGAAAUAAAAAAUAAAAAAAUAAAAAUAAUACAGGAUAUGACCAGA